UGAUUUGCCAAAGGUCAUUGUAGCCUGGCAAUAGCAGACGCCUACACAGAAACUUCCCACGCCCACCAAACGCCCCCUCUCACCAUCAUCAGGUUUCCUUUUCCUCCGCAAUCUCUCCACUCUCUCUCUCCUCCACUUUCUCUCUCCUCCCUUUCUGGGUUUUCUGCACCCCUCGAAAUUCCCGCUAUUCCGAAUCUCCAUUCGCCGAGAAAAAUGGCCUCCUCGGCCUUCAAAUCCACCUCCAAACGAGGAACUACGGGUUCCGAUAGUUCAUCCAAGAAAGAGUUGCCUCGAAAAAGAUCUUCAAGCGUUAGUGCUGUGUCAAGAACCCAAGUGGAAAUACCCUCUGAGUUCUUGAACAAAAGGGACAAUCCUCUCUUCUGGAGCUCCGUUUCACCUCCCGACAAAGAAAUCGAGCCCCAAAAAUCCGUUGGAAUCGGUAAAUCAGCUCAAAAUGCAUCGAAAGUUAGUGGGUUGUCUUCCAAAGCUGCCAGUGAUGUGGACAGCAAAAGGGGUCGAUCGGUGACGAGGAAAUCGGAUGCUGUCAGUGAGAAGGUUUCGGGCGGGAAGAAGGAGAUUGGUCGGAGCUUGUCCAGGGUGGGCACAGGGCGGCGCGUGCGGUCUGUGUCUAUAGGCCAUUACGGUGCCUCUGAGAGUGAAGUGGAACAAGAGUCUGUUGUAUCAUCCAAUCAUCGAAACAGAAGUAAUUCGAAUUCAGUCCCUAAUGAUGUUAAAAAAGCUCGGGAAAGAACAAAGAUUCCGCGGAUUCCAGUUACGGAGUCUGCUGAGAGUUUGUCUUCGUUGCCAGUUCCGAAUUGGGAAGAUGGAAUCUCAAUUGGUUCUUUGUCAGAAGCUGAAGAAAAAACUAUUAAAGCAGUUUGUGAACAGAUGGAGUCAUUCGGUGGGGAUGAUUUGGGAGAUGAUACUGGUAGAAGUGGAAUAUAUGAAACUGUGCGAUCUGAAGUAAGACGGGCUAUCACUGAUAUACAAAAUGACCUUGAAAUAGCUAUCCGGAGAAGUAAUGCUACUGCUAUCGCAACUACAAAUGUUGCUGAUCUUCCUCCUGAUUUGGUUAACCCUGGAGCUGUUGAGUUGGUCUUGGACAUCAGAAGGGAAUAUGCCACAAAGCUUGAGGAGUCCCAGGAACGGGCUAGAAAACUUCAAGCUGAUCUGGCUGUUGAGGAGCAUCGUGGGCUAGAGUUGAGUAGAAUCCUGAAGGAAGUCCUUCCAGAUCCAAAGACAACUAAUGUGCAGAAAUCACGUUUACGAAGAAAAGCCAGCACUGAAAGAAGAAAGAUUUCGAAAAAUCUGACAGAAGAAGCUAUGGCUUAUUUUGAUGAAUGUGUGUCCAUAUCAACAUUUGAUAGCUCUGAUUUCUCUGCAACAGAAGAACUACCUUUCAACUUAGUUGGAGCUUUUGCCCAAGCUCCUGCAUCAUCUUUGCGCCAAGAAAGUCCAAGCAUUUCAACCUCUUAUCAACCAGACAGUGGCCUCCUCCAUAAUCAGGAAUCAGUCAUCUGUGAUCAACCUGAGCAUAGUCGUGGAGAUUCUGGUUUAACUGCUAACAGCAGCAGUAACGAGCCCAUGAUAGACCAAGCGACUUUAAGAGGUAUCAAUAGAGAAAAGGGUCAGAAAUUUAAGUUCUCCUUUGCUCGCAAAUUAACUGAAACUGUUGGCUUUGAAAAUGACAUAAGGGAUUACAUUAAAAAAUUUGAGAAAGACAACAACUCAGAGAUUAUAAGAUCAAGUUACUAUGAUCUAGAUGAGUAUAAUUUACAGGACCACACCCAGAAUUUGUUGUUUGACAGGGUGUUCUUCAAGAACAGAAUAGAGUCUGGGAGUCUACAUCUCUGUGGUGGAGCUUUUACAUUUUCAUUUUCACCUUUUGCUUCUGUUAUCUGAACUCUUCUGAUUGUGCAAAUUCCCCGAGUUAAAUGUGAGCUCGAUUCUUUUUUUUUUUUUUUUGUGGAGAAAUUGUAUGCUGCUAAAAUCGCUCUCAUCUCCAAGCUCUAUGUCACUUGAGAAAGUAUGAAUGUUGAAAUAAAAGUGGAGAUUGGAUCAAUAGACUAGUGAUAAAUAGUAAGUGCCACACGUAAGCAGCUAUGUCGGUUGAAUUCUUCUGGCAAAAGUCAAGACCUGCUCGUCAAGUGGUUGUAUGCAAAACCCAUCACUGAGAGGCACUAGGGCUGGUAAUAUGUGGCCUUAUCUGUGAAAAACUAUUGCAGCUAUGAUAAUUUGCUCAUAGGUACACAGAAUUUGAUUCUUACUGUUGUAUA